AUGAUGCGCAGCCAUCUGCUCCUGGCAGCCUGGGGCGCGGUGGCUGCCGUGUCAGGGGCGUACAUCCAAACCCAGGACUGCGCUGGCGGCUACACCAACCGAGGAAUGAAAGCCUUUAUUCGCGGGUACGAGGCUGGCCAUAUGCAGCUUCAACUUGACAUUGCCGACAACGUGGAGCGGAACGACCAAUGCGAGACAGAGCAGCAUGAGAAGAAUGCAACAGCGAACCUGAAGCUGUUGACUCUGGGCAGCGCCCAUGUGUACGACGCAAUCUCAUCCAACUACACAUGCGAGGGCGGUGUCUGGGGGUACUAUGAGUUCGACUUGAACGUCGCCCAGCCCCAUCUCAUUGACACAUAUCUGCUCAGUGUCGAGCUGCGCAACUCGGACGACGAGUUACUGGGCUGUAUCGAUGCGCACUUGACGCCAGCGCUCCCUGGUCCCUUUGUCCGGGCCAUCACAUGGGCGCCCAUCUGCAUCUUCGCGCUCAUCGUCCUCGUUGCCCUGUGGCGGGAGACCGCGAACCUGUCACUCGACAGCAGUGAAGAUCUGGGUCCGUCGACGAGGGACACUUCUCAUGGCCACGUCACACGUGUCGCUGACUAUCUGUCCUACCUCCAAUUCAUCUUCUUCUCGGCCGCGCUGAGUCUUCACUAUCCAGGCUUCUUGCAACCUGUCGCCAGUCGCACCAGCUGGUCCACGCUCAUGUUUCCCGCCGGGAUGGUGCAGAGAAAGAGCUGGUAUCCAGGAGUUGCGGAUGGCAUCUACGAGACCAAUGGAACCAUGACGGGGUCCGCUGGCUUGGAGGUCGUGACCCAGGUGGUCGGCGGCGCCGUCACCUUUGACAAUUGGCUGAACAUUGUUUCGCUAGCUACCUUGAUCUUCUUUGCUUUGUUCGUGCUUGUGUACCUGGGUGUCAAGCUGACAUGGUCGAGAGACUGGUUUCGAUCAACCCACUCGUUGAGUUUCCGUCACGGUGGUGAUCAACAGGCUGACCUCACGGCUAUUCUGUGGACCGCUGUUCGCCUGUUCUGUGCGUACCUACUUGUUCCGCUGGUGGCGUGGACAACCUAUCAGCUGGUUCACGUCGGAAACAUCCCCAUCUACUACUCCGUGGCCGCCUCUGCCGUUGUCUGCGCCCUGGUCCUCCUCGUUUGGUGGGCAACGUUCUAUGGAGAUCCGCGCAACAUGGGCUAUCUGCUGGUCGACGAUUCGAAGAACCAUGGCAACGCGUCGAGUUCGUCGCGCAUGCGAAGCUACUACUCAACUGGCGUCUAUGUCAUGCUUUUUCUCAGAGGCAUCGCCCACGGGAGUCUGGAAUUACACGGUACGGCGCAGCUAUUCAUUCUGUUGGGGUCAGAAGUCUGCCAAUUGGCCUUGCAGGCGAUCAUCUUGAGGACAACGCCGUUCUCGAGUCGCUCGGGGGCGAUGCCACUCCUUCGACUGGCGAUCUUGGCUCUCCAAAGUGCUUUCCUGCCACAUGUAGCCGCGCAUGGGCCACGUAUGGCUGUUGGCUAUGUUAUUCUGGCCAUACAUGCAGUGGUGAUUAUGGUGCUUUUCUUUACCCCGGCAGUACUUGACCUUGGUGCUCUGGCACGUGGCGUUUGCCUCAGCGGAGUCAAUACGGAAGCCCAUGAGUAUGGCGGAGGCCGGCCCCAGGUAUACGGUCUUCGUCAGCUCAGGCAACGUCCAACUAAUCCUUCGAGCCCCCGACUGCCUGCACUGGAUGAGCAAUCUGACGUAAUGCACGGCCAGUUCUCUGCGUCUCUUCCCCGCCUGGCGUCACCAACAUCUUAUCGAGCUGGCUCGCCAUUGUCAGACGCUGACCAGCAGUCGUUCUUCCGACCACCGCGCACUCCAUCAGCCAUGCUGCCCUCCCGCUUGUCCUCAUCGACCUGGCAACCCGCGACCAGCAGUGAGUCGUCGAGAUCAUCUGAUGGACGCCAUAUUAUCGGGAGUAGAGCAAGCCCAAGUUUGAUACGUAGUAGUAGCAGUGGUGACGACAGCAGUGGCACGCAUGGCGGAGAGAGCAGCGAAUCGCGUUGUGAGCCUUCCCCCCUGGAUCCCAACGUGGACUACUCUGUGCGGGAGGCGGACCAGUACUAUACCAAUCCGCGAAAAUUAUCUUUCGGCCAAGCACAGCCCGAGGGAAAGCGGAAAGCACUGGAUAAGAUGUGGUUUAUUUGGUCAAAGAGAUAG